AUGUCGAAGCAAACAUACAAAGUCUGUUUCUGCUUCAGCCGGAGGUAUCGGCACACGGUGUCGGUUGCUCCGGAUGAGAUCAAGACCGUUUUCGACAAUUACUCCGACAGAGGUCUCAUGACCGUCGAUCUUCUCCAUAGGUUUCUAAUCGAUGUUCAGAAACAAGAUCAAGCGACGAGAGAGGAAGCUCAAGCCAUUGUCAAUGCAUCAUCUUCUCUUCUUCAUCGAAGGGGUCUCUCUCUUGAUGCUUUCUUCAGAUACCUCUUUGGUGUCGAUAACUCUCCUCUUGCUUCUCAUGAGGUGAAUCAAGACAUGGAUGCUCCAUUAUCACAUUAUUUCAUAUUUACAGGGCAUAAUUCAUAUUUAACUGGUAAUCAGUUGAGUAGUGACUGUAGUGAAGUGCCUAUAAUAGAAGCAUUGAAGAAAGGUGUCAGGGUUAUUGAAUUGGAUCUAUGGCCAAACUCCGAUAAAGAUGAUAUCGAUGUUCUUCAUGGAAUGACUCUUACAUCACCUGUGAAGCUGAUCAAAUGUCUAAAUGCUAUAAGAGAGCACGCCUUUGAUGUAUCUGAUUAUCCAGUUGUUGUAACUCUUGAAGAUCAUCUUACUCCCAAUCUCCAGGCUAAAGUUGCUGAGAUGAUUACUGAAGUGUUUGGAGAAAUGUUGUUUACUCCUCCUCCCGGAGAAUGCUUAAAGGAGUUCCCAUCACCAGCGUUUUUGAAAAAGCGUAUCAUCAUCUCAACUAAACCUCCCAAAGAAUACAAGAAACCAAAAGAUGAGGAUGAUGAUGGUUUGAAUAAAAAGAAUGAUUUGAAUGGAGAUGAUGACGAAGAAGACGACGACGAUGAUGAUGAUGAGGAUACUAAGAAGAAUGCACCACCGGAAUACAAGAAUCUGAUUGCAAUCCAGGCUGGUAAACCGAAAGGAGGAAUGGUUGAAUGCUUGAAAGUGGAUCCUGAUAAAGUAAGACGGCUUAGCUUGAGUGAAGAACAACUCGAAAAGGCCUCAGAAAAAUAUGCCAAAGACAUUGUCAGGUUUACUCAGAGGAAUAUGCUUCGGAUUUAUCCAAAAGGAACAAGAAUUACUUCAUCAAAUUACAAUCCACUGGUUGGAUGGAGCCAUGGUGCUCAAAUGGUGGCUUUCAACAUGCAGGGACAAGGAAAAAAAUUGUGGGUAAUGCAAGGAAUGUUUAGAGCCAAUGGAGGGUGUGGAUACAUCAAGAAACCCAGUAUUUUGCUAAAACCCGACGCCAUAUUUGACCCGGAAGCUCCAUUACCUGUAAAAACAACACUAAGGGUAACUUUAUACAUGGGAGAAGGAUGGUACUACGAUUUUCCGCACACACACUUUGAUCGAUACUCUCCACCUGAUUUCUAUACGAAGGUCGGUAUCGCUGGAGUUCCGGCGGAUAAAGUAAUGAAGAAGACGAAAACGUUAGAAGACAGUUGGAUACCAUCUUGGGACGAGGUUUUUGAGUUCCCAUUAACGGUUCCAGAGCUUGCUCUUUUGCGUAUAGAGGUGCAUGAGUAUGAUAUGUCUGAGAAAGACGAUUUUGGAGGCCAAACUUGCUUGCCGGUUUGGGAGCUGAGGCAAGGAAUACGUGUCGUUCCUCUGCGUAAUCAGGAUGGGGUCAAGUGUAGAUCCGUGAAGCUUCUUGUGCGGUUGGAGUUUGUGUGA